AUGGGAAAACCCAAAGAACAAGGGAACAGUCGAGGUGAGCGUUCCGACUCGGCUGAGUUCAGCUCGUCAGAUAAACCUUCACUGAUCGCCCACAGACGGAGACGAGGCUACACAUCUGAGGAGCUGGAGCACAAAGCCAUCACUCUUUUAAAGAUCGAGCUAAAGAGGUUCAAGGACCUGCUGUGUCUGGAUUACCCAGCGUGCUCGGAGGAGGAGGACGUGGAAAGUGAGGAAUAUCAGGUCAACGUCAAAGAGGGAGCACUGAAAAUCAUACUGCACGUCCUGAAGAAAAUGAACCAGGCCGAACUCGCUAAGACGCUGCAGAACAAGCUGGUCAGUAUUUACCAGAAGCCACUGAAGUCUGAACUGAUAAAUAAAUUUCAAAUAACAAACGAUGGAAUCUUCCAACAUGGAACCAUGAGGCUCCUGACCGCAACCGAGACACCGCUCUACGUCUCAGAGAUGUCUCGAAGCGACGACGAGGGACACGAGACGAGACGAAUCGAGAUGCCAAAAACUUCACCACGUCAGACGCCCGUUCAAAUGAGCGACCUCUUCAAAGACAAGCUGAUCAGAACUGUCCUGACUACAGGAGUGGCUGGAAUUGGGAAGACGGUCUCGGUGCAGAAGUUCAUCCUGGACUGGGCUGAAGGAAACACAAACCAGGACGUGGUCUUCCUGUUCCCGCUGUCCUUCCGAGAGCUGAAUUUGAUAAAGCAUGAAAAGAUCAGUCUGACGAACCUUCUUCUUUCCUUUUACCCCGUAACCAAGGCCAUGCAGUUGAUCGUCUCCGGAGCCCACAAGGUCCUGUUCAUCUUUGACGGUCUUGACGAAUGUCGGUUUGAUCUGGAUUUCCAGAAUAACGAGUACUUGUGUGACGUGACCCAGCCGGCCUCGGUGGAGGUGCUGCUGACGAACCUCAUCAAGGGUAAUCUUCUUCCCUCCGCUCUGAUAUGGGUAACAUCUCGACCGGGCGCGGCCGGUCUGAUCCCUCCCGACUUCGUGGAUCAAGUCACGGAGAUCCGAGGGUUCAGCGACUCCCAGAUUGAGAGGUACUUCAUGAUGAGGAUGAGAGACCAGAGGCUCGCUAAUACAAUCACUGCUCACGUGAAGUCAUCGAACAGCUUCUACCACAUGUGCCAAAUCCCUGCGUUCUGUUCCAUUUCAGCCACCGUUCUACAGAGAGUGAUGGGCGGAACGGAGAGGAACGAGAUCCCCGAGAUCCCCGAGACUCUGACCCAAAUGUUCGUACAUUUUUUAGCCCUUCAUCUUAAAAAUAUGGACACUAAUCCUCAGCAGGCUACAGAGAGCAUUCUGACACUGGGAAAACUGGCUUUCCAGCAGCUGGAGAAGGGCAACCUGAUUUUCUACGAAGAAGAUCUGACCGAGUGUGGGUUCAAUGUCCAAAAAGCAUCGCUGUACUCAGGAUGGUGCGGUCAGGUUUUCAGCCAGGACGUCAGUCUGCACCCGGCAAAGGUUUUCAGCUUCGUGCAUCUAAGUGCCCAAGAAUUUCUGGCAGCUUUAUACGCAUUUUAUUCCUUCAUCAAGAAGAGUCCGGCAGAACCUGGGACCACAGAUCUGUCCGAUCUUUUCCAAAGCUCCGACGUGUCCGACUUGCACAAGAGAGCGGUAGACAAGGCCGUAACGAGUCACAAUGGACACUUGGACCUGUUUCUCCGCUUCCUGCUCGGCCUCUCGCUGGAGUCUAACCGGACUCGAUUACGAGGGUUCUUCACGCAGGCAGGAAGCAUCUCUGACAGCGAGGAGACCGUCGAGUACAUCAAGAGGAAGAUCCGGGAGAGCUCGUCUCCAGAGAAAUCUGUCAACCUGAUCCACUGCCUUAAUGAACUGGGGGAUCGGACUCUUGAGCAGGAGGUUCGAACCCUCUUGAAGAACGGAGGUUAUAGUUGUCCCAGCGACACACGGCUCCGUCCUGCUCAGCUGUCUGUCCUCAUGUUUGUGCUUUUAAACCCAGAAAAGACUCUGGAUGAGUUUCAUUUGAGUCAAUACGACAAAUCUGAGGAAUGUCUUCUGAUGAUGCUGCCGGUAAUCAAAGCGUCCAGAAAAGCUCUCCUGCAGGGCUGUAACCUCACAGAGAAAAGCUGUGCAGCUUUAGCCUCGGUUCUCAGCUCAGACUGUUCUCUGAGAGAGCUGGACCUGAGUAUGAAUCAACUUGGAGAUUUAGGAGUGAAGGUGCUAGUGACGGGAUUGAGGAACCCACAGUGCAGACUGGAGAUGCUCAGCACUGGUUCCUCGUGUUUGAAGGAGCUGGACCUGAGUAAGAACGAGCUCCACGAUUCAGGAGUGAAGCUGCUCGCUGAAGGACUGAAGAGUCCACACUGUAAACUGGAGACACUGAGGUUGGAGUGGUGCAGCAUUACAGAUGAAGGCUGCACUGCUCUGGCUUCAGCUCUGCUCUCCAACCCCUCAUCACUCCUGAGGAACCUCUACCUGUACAUAAACGAGCUGGGAGAGAUGGGAGAAGAGCCUCUCUGUAACCUCCUGAAGGAUUCAAACUGUAAUCUGGAGAAACUCGAGCUGAAGGUGGCCAGUGUUUCAGAGGAAGUAGGUGCUGCUCUGACUUUAGCUGUGGCGUUGAACCCCUCGACACUGAUGAAGGAGCUGGACGUUUACUGCCCAGCUAAAGGUUUAAGGUGGAACCUGCUCUAUGAUCUGCUGAAGGAUCCGCGCUGUAACCUGGAAUUAAUACGUCUCAUUCCUCCUUCUCAUUCGGAAAGAGUUUCUUCUCCAGUGAGUUCUGAGGACCAGGAAGCCUAA